CUUGAAUAUGUCCUUGUAUAUGCUAAACAUACAUAGUUGAAUGCAGCUGUAGAAGAAAUUUUUGUUUUUUUUUAUUAUGGCUAUAAAAUAUGUGACUUGGAUUUGAAUUUUUUUUUUCAUAUAUGAAACUAAAUUUGUUGGCAAUAUGGCCAACAUCUUACUCUCUCUCUCUAUAUUCUUGAACGAGAAUCUCAUCAUCUAGUUUGUUUUUUUAUGUUUGUCUUUGCCUCUCUCUUUUGUUCGACUAACAAAAAUAAAUAUUCUGCAGAAAAAAAAUUGAUUUUCCGGUUAUUUGAUUCUAGGUUUCAGCUAUUGUGAAUGAACAAUGUUUUCUGGUAAUCUUUUCGAUGAUGAUGAUGAUGAUGUUGAUGUUGAUGAUGAAACAAGUGGAAGAGGAAGAAUUGACCCGUAUUAAUCGUCGUCAAAAUCGUCGAAUCAUACUUGUAUGGUUAGAUAACGAUACAAGACGUAUGGCCCGAUCGAAAGAUCCACGUCCACUUUAUUUUGGAAAUGAAGAGAUUGUUGGUCAUCUAUCGAUUGAAAUACAAGGCGGUAGACCGGUUCGCCAGGUAAAAGUAAUGCUCACUAAUCUGGUACAGAUUCGUUGGUGUAAUCAACCACAAACACGACGACCAUCAAACGUAAUGUCAUCUGUUCCAGAAAAACGUCGCAAAAGCAUCUUUGCCGAUUAUUUUAGCAGCCCGAUAAUUGACGAAAAACAACUGUUUUUCUAUCGACAUAAAGUGAUUGAAUUGGAUCUUUUAAGUCCAGAAAGAAAAUUGACGGAUGGUAAGCACGAAAUUCCAUUCCGAUUUCAUUUGCCAAAAUCGGAUCUACCAUCGAGUAUGAAAAGCUGUCAUGGAUUAAUCAAAUAUACGAUCGAAGCAUUCACCAUCGAUGAUGAUCAUAAAGGCCAUGAAAGCCGCGGUGAAAAAGAGAUUCUGUUGCUUGUACCCAAUCUUGAUCUGCGGCAAGUUGAACGUAAAAUAACACAGACAUUUAUCACGAACGAUGGCAACAGUAUCGAUAUUUCGGUCAUGUUGGAUCGUAAAAUUUAUCAACCUGGGGAGAUGCUUUCGUUUUCUUUAUCGAUUCGUAAUGAAAGUGAUUCACCGAUGGAAUGUUUAGUAGCAAUGUAUCAACGUCAAACCCUUAUAAAUAGUGAAAAUAGUGAUCAGGUGAAAGAACAUAUUUACGAUAAAUGCCUUAAUGAUUCACCAAAUCGUGAUGAUAAUGAUGAAAUGAGCCAAGCAGUUAUGAUACCGAUCGAUGCCAAUAGCCAAGUACAAGAUGAACCAAUUCAGAUGCGUUUACCAUACAAUCUGGUUUUAAGCCUUGAUUCUGCAUUGAUAACCAUUCGAUACUAUGUUUUGAUUACUAUCAACAACAUUCCCGAUAACAAUGACCAAUCAAUGGAGGUUCCUUUCUUGGUUUCACUCACUAACAAUCAUUAUGGUCAACGAAUCGAUCCCACUCAGCAACGUAUGGGUGCCAACAAUCCCAUAUUACAGAGACAAAUUUCACGUUAAAUUUUUUUUUUUUUUGAAUUACGACUGAAUAAUAUUUAUUUAAUGAUUGAUUGAUUUGAUUUGCUCAACGAUAAUUAUUACAACUACAAAAAACACACACAAAAAUAAAUAAACAAAAAAAACUGAUGAAAACAACAAAAAUGACACACUAUUGAUCUGCAUCGAUGACUCUAUGUAGUGUAAAUGAUAAAAUAAAUGUGUAAUAUCAAUGGCUCA